UAAGGUUAAAGCGUACCUUCAGAUGAAAUCACUGUUGUGUCUGUCAAAUACUAAAAAUUUGCAGAGAGGCAAACUUGUGAAUAAUGUAGUUAGUGUUUAAGUAGAUAAAUGUUAAUUUCCUAUACAACUAAUUGAUAUAAAUUCGCCUUAAUCGCAAGAGACUGGGUUAUAUCAGUAAAAUAUGUAGAAAGUAUAUGAUAAUAUCAAAAAUUGACAUCUCAAGAUUUGUUUAUUUUUAAUGAAAAGUUCUUAUUAAGACAAAUUUAUUAGCUACAUUGCAUAUUUUCUUCGCUAGAUGGUUUAUUAGUUCCUAGGAUUUUUAUUCGAGAGUGACAAAAUAUUAUUUUAAUCUAUUUCAAACAGUUUAAGUUUGCUUAAAAAUAUUGUAGUUCCCUUCCCAAUGGUUAAUUUUUUCUGACUAUAUAUUUUGUUUACAUUUCAUCUUACUAAUGAUAAAUAAAUUCACUUUAUACUGUACAGCUGUGAAAUUACUUUUGUUUGCGAACGAGAGCAAUGGAUAUGUAGCUCUGCAUCUUGGAGAAGAAUGCCAAUAUGAUAUGCAGUGUCUUAAAAGUGACCCUAACAGCUAUUGUUCUUCAUACAGUCUACGCUUCUUAUGUGUCUGUAAAAAUAAUUACAGAGUUAGUCUUGUAAAUAAUACUGAAAGAUGUAUUUAUAGUAGUUAUACUGAAGAUGAACGUGAAGGAUUGACUGCUGCUCCCAUAAUUUUAUGCUUUUUAGUAUGUGUUUUAGUUGAAGCUUUUUGCCUGUUGGCAUUCCGUUACUGGAAAAAACGAAGGCGUACUAGUGUAACAAGACAUGGAGCUUUGCACUUACAAACAGUCACACUCUCUGAAUUUUCUAGAUUUUCUCAUAGUCGAAGUGACCCUAUUGUUUCAUUUGCAAUUGCUCCUGCUAUGGACUCUGUAAUUUCUAGCACUCAUUUGGCUUCUCCGCCACCUUAUAGUCAGACUGUUAUUGUUGAUACAAGUCUUGUUUCACAGAGAGAAGAGCCUCCUCCGCCAUAUGAUGAGGCUGUUAAACAAUAUACUGCAUUCACAAAGCUUUCUUCUGAAGAGUAUAAUCACCGUAAAUUGUCUUUCUGAAUGUAAUAUUUUCCAUGGGCGGAGUAAAACACUUUUAUUCUGAAUAUAUCAUUCCUGUAAGUGAAUGUAGUUAUGACAUAAAUGGUGCCAACCUGAAUUGUGUUCUUACUUUCUGAUCUCCAGUUGAAGGGAAGUAGUUUAACUGUGUUGAGUUUUUUCUACUUGUAGAGGUGUUUGUUCCCAAAAGCUAGUCAUUUUACUUUGCUGAAUAGGUUUUCUGAACUCUAAUAGCAUAUUUCCUACUAAUAAUUUAUUUUAUUCGUUCAUAUAAGUAACAAUAAGUAUUAUGCUUAAUUUUGAUGGUUAAGGGCUAUUCAAAUAUUACAUACACUCCUAAGGAUAUUGAAUUUGCUAAUUUUUGCUGACAAAUGGUGAGACGCUUUUGACUUUUGCUUAAAUAAAAUAUUACUCAAAUUUAUGAAGGUAAUAUCAAUUUGUAAUCAAUCGUUUUGUAUUAAAUAAUUGAUUCUUUUUGUACUUAGAUAGCAGAUAACUUAAUAAUUCUCCAGCAUUCCUAUGAAUCAUCUGGUCUAAUUAGUGCUUGAAUCACAUUAGAGUUCUGCAUGAGCUUCUGCAUGUCAGAAUUUACUAGAGAUAUUAUUCGAUUUCUUUAAUAACAUUCAAAUAAUCUUAAAUUAAGUCUGGUAACAAUAAAGUGUAUGCUAAUUUUUACUUCAGCUGAUUUUCAAGUUUAUUGCAAGCAAAUUAAGAAUUGUUUUGAUUUAUGUUUGACUAUAAAAUGCUUUGAUCAGAUUUUUUUAAAACCUUAUAUAAACAAAGAGUGGGUGAUUUGCUUAUUUUUGUUGACCAGGAGAAGAAGAGUUUCAAAAUCUGACUAUGCUUUUGUAAUAUUUGAACAACUCCUUAAGAAGAGAAAUGUCUAAUUUGUAUAUAGAACAAAACAGCCAUUAGAGUAAAUCAGGUGCAGCAAGUAACUUUAUGUGAGGUUCAUAUACUUUUUAAAAUUUUUAUCAAGGUCCUGAAUAGUGACUUGUAUUCCUUUAUCAAUUUAUUUUAUUUUUCUCUCAUUGUUAUCUCUUAUCUGCUUUAUUCUUUCAAAAUUUUUUCGGUAGUUAAGUUUUUGACGUACCUUGGUCCAUGCUCAGACCAACAGUUGCCAAACUUUGGAGUAAUUCUAUGUGUAUUCAUGUUUAUAAUAUCUAAAAUAAUUGUUAUUUGUUAAAAUAUCUGUGUCUACCAAGUUUUUUUAUUUAUUUUAAUUGCGUAUUUCUUUUUGAAAUGCUUUGCUACUUAUUUGGAAAAAUUCUAUCUCUUGAAUUGUUAACAUUGUGAGUGAAAAAUUUUUUGUUAUUAACCAAUUCACUUAUUUAUGUAUUCUGAAUAAAGAAUUUAAUUUGUUGA